AUGAGACUGACAAAUUUAAAUACUUAUUUAAAAUUCCAAGCAUAAUUUCUCAUCCUAAGUUAUUAUAGAGAAGAAAGAAAUUUGAGAUAUUAUAUGCACUUGAAGAAGGAAUCAGAAAUAGCAAAAAGUGUAUCAUAAAAGGCUGACUAUAAAGUAAAGAUAGCAAAAAAACAAAAAAAAUAUCUAAGACUAGUUUUUACAUGAAUUACUGAAGAAGAUAUAUUAUUGAAAAAUGAGUUAUGGCCAAAUAAAUUAUUAAAUUAAGUAUAUGAUCAAUCUAGACUAGAGUUAUAAUAAAUGUUAUUACUUUUGAAGAUUAAACAUAGUUCUGAAGAAUAAUUAUAGAACUAUGAGUAAUACUUUAAGAGGUUUGUUAAAUCUAAAUACUAAAGUGAAAUGGAAAUGAAAAGUGGGUAGGUGUUUAAAGCAUUUUGA